GACACGAUGAACUGGGUUGCGAAUCCGGAGAAUCGGACGGUUGUUACUGCUGUGGGGUUUUUUGCGGCUGGCGUGGCGUUCUUGCAUAGCAGCUGGAGCGAGAUCUUGUUGCCGCCGCUUUAGAUGGACUGGAGAGUUUGAUGGGCGAGGAGGGUGGAGGACGGAGAUGGGGAAGUGUAGGAAUAUGAGGAGAAUGUACUAUAUGAGGAUGGACGGAGGGAAGAAGAGUCCGGCAUUGCGGGCGUUGAACAAUGGAGGUCGUCGUGAAUGGGAUGUGAUAUGGAGGGAGAGCCGGAUGAAUUGAAGGAAUGCGUCCAACUCCUCGCGCGAUGCGAUGGGGUGAUUGGGAAAUGCACCACACAAUCAACGACGAUCUCUCCUCCGAACACGUUCUACUUCUGCUGCAACGCUUCAAUACCCGCGGCGAUGUUCAGGAUCUUCUCUUAGCUCAUCGGGAGUCCCAGAACUUCCAUCCCGACUGGCAAUGCUGGAUCCUCUGGAUGCU